AUGACUGUAGACGACAACGACGACGACGAUGGUGUUAUAACACUACUUAUUGUGUCCCGCCGUUUUGAUAAGGAUUAUCUAGGCCUACAAGCUGACCUUAUGUACAGUCUAAAUGAUCUGGGACCUUCUUCUUCCACUGCUAAUUCCGCUACACCAUCGGGUAUACGAGGAUCUAUAAAUGUCCUAUUGAAUCGUGCUGACACUGGUUAUGUUCGAAAGAUUGUUAAGUUCGCUAAUACUGUCACUGGAUCUACAAUACUCUCGACAACUGCUUGUUACUUCUUAGGAUAUAUGGAUACUUAUGAUACUAUACCUUUCAUCACAGCCUUAACUACAAUGUGGGUCGGUAAUAAUAAGGGAUAUAUACAACUCACACUAGAGGUGGUCAUGUAUGCCUCUGCCACUUAUCUCUAG